AUGACCAAGUUCACCGUCGCUAUUUGUGGAGGCGGAGUGGGCGGCCUAGCCUGUGCAGUCGCCCUUUCGCAGUAUCCCGACAUUCGCAUCGACGUAUACGAGGCGGCAAGCAAGUUUCUGAAGUCGGUCGUGCAGGCCUUGGGUUGGACCGGGAGCUCGCAGAGGUUGCCGUCGUCGCCGUUGAUAAUCAUCCAAGUGGGUAAAGCAAAUUGCUUCAUUUCUACCCGGGGGACCACAGCACCGACCUACGUCAUAGAGCUAUCAUUCAAUUUCCGCAAGGGGGAUCAGUCCGAGGGCUAUACCUUCCAUCAGCUGUACACCCCAGCGAUUCUCCUGCGCCACCUAUCUGCCUCGUCGCGCACAUACACGAGCAAGCGUUCCUCUCACUCACCAAUCGCGCUGCGUUUUAAGGAUGGUUCAACGGCGACGUGCGAUGUCCUAAUUGGCGCCGAUGGUGUGAAGUCCGCUACACGGAGGCGCUCGUCGACGAGCUUGCGCACGCCGCGAAGCCUGCGCAGGGCAGCGCAACCGCGGUGGAGUGGAAUCUAUGCUUAUAGGACCACAAUUCCGGCCGAGGCACUUCGGUCUCGAAUACCCAACCACACAGUGCUCAGGGAGCCCAUGGCGUACUUAGGGAAGGACACGCAAGUGACUGCAUACCCACUUCUGCACGGGAAAAUAAUCAACGUCGCCGCAUUCCGAACGCGAUACGACUCAGAGGGAGCACCAAUGAAAGAACCAUGGGUCGUAGACACCACAAAAGACGAGUUGGCUGCCGACUUCGCCGGCUGGGAGCCGGAAGUGCAGGCGAUGUUCCAGUGCACUUCCAAGCUGAGCCGUUGGGCCAUUCACACCACGGAACGGCUGCCCACCUUUGUUUCUGGCCGCGUUGCCUUGGUCGGCGAUUCGGCCCAUGCAGCGGUUCCCUUUCAAGGGGCGGGCGCUGGCCAGGCCAUUGAGGAUGCCUAUUUAUUAGCCACCCUCCUUGGACAUCCAAAAACAACUCUAUCAACACUCACCCGUGCACUGCGAAUCUACGACGCCGUCCGCAGACCGUACGCCCAAGAUGUGGCCAAAACAUCGCGAGAAUGCGGGAUGCUGUUCACGCUCAAUUACCCAGGUCUCUCGUCGCAAGAUAUUGCGAACGGCCAGGCAGCGGACAAGCUCCGCGUCAUCGCCGAGACGAUCCGGAAGAAGUGGUCAUGGGCAUGGGACACCACACUCGACGGCGAUAUCCAGCGGGCUGUCCGCGAGCUAGAGGCGAGCUAA